UUUUUGUUGUGCACGGGUGCUAACACGAGACGAGCAGACAGAAGAAUUUCCGUCUGUUACUUUAGUUACCAUAGGUUAUGAAGUAGAACGAAUGAGUUUUAAUUUUGUCUGUGGCUGCAAUCGAUAUCUGUUUGUGACGAAAGUUUUGUAGUAUACAGUGGUGUUAUCGUAAGGUUGUCGUGUGUUUGAAGUAAGAUGGGGCAUAUCUGAAUAGAAAUAACCUGUUCAUAAUUCGCGUGCUUGUUUUUCCGCCGAAUUUAUAAAUGCAUUUGUUAAAAGUUGGUUCUAAGCUGGGUUAAUUAAUAAUGAAUUUAAAUGUUUGAAUGAUGUAGUCUAGCAUAUUCCCAUUGAUUUUUUGUUUACAUGCACAAUAUUUGUAACCUAUCCCUAACAUUUAAAAUGCCAGAUAAGUUAUUACUUAUGGUGAAUAAUGGUUUGAAGGUGGUGGAAAUGUAUACGUGGCUGUUGGAUUCAUAUGUUCUGUGCUGUAUUGUUUCAGGACUAUUUCACUGAUUGUCACUGGAAUAAGCUUCCACUCAGUUGGAGGAGAGCAUUUGAUACUGUUGAGCCCCAAGAACUUGGACAAUUUUUAACACAGAAUAGCACCUUCAAAAGCUGCCAUAGGGUGUGGCCUUUGUCAUUUCUGGCGCUUUAUACAACUUCAUUGCAUUUGUCUAUACCACGUGAACAGAUCCACUUUGAAGAUCUUCUGAAGGGACAAAAACAAUUUGACGACGGAAGUAGUUCAUUAGAGGAACCAAAUUUAAUUUAUCGAGAUGUGACCUUCAACAGGAAGUCUUCAGUAGCAUGCGCACAGAUGCCAGGCCUUAAACAUCCCAAACUCCAAUAUGCGUUCAGAAAACAUGUGAAGCCCAAAAAACAGCAUGAAAUAUCAAGAAUGGCUCAGGUGACUGCAAGUGUAGCCCAGUCAGAAAGCUGCCAUUACGUAGUGGACGUUGGUUCGGGCUUGGGCCAUUUGGCAAGAUUACUUGCAUAUGGUUAUGGUUUAAAGGUCUGUUGUUUGGAGGCACAAGAAAACCUGUCCUCGCAAGCACGAAAGUUAGAUAUGGAAUUAGAGGCGUCUGUGUCCAAGAUUCUGAAAGAUGAUGGCUUUGAAGUGAAUUGGCCAGUGCAUUUGAGUAUAGCGGUUGAUUCACGUUUGACUGCUAGCAGCUUUACAGAGGCACUGAAAAUUGCAUUUGGCAUUUCUGGAGAACAUUUUACAUUUGGUAUGGUUGGGCUUCAUCCAUGUGGAGAUUUAACACCAAUAUUAAUGCACCUUUUUGUACAGUGUCCAAAUGCAAAGUUUAUUAAUAUUGUGGGAUGUUGCUACAUGAAGCUUACAACUGGAGUUAUUUCAGGAUUCACUGGAUACCCAAUGAGUGAUUUCAUUUCUGCAAGACCGCAUUCACUGAGUUACGAGGCUCGAGAAAUUGCGUGCCAUGCAAUUGAAACUUACUGCCAACGUUUGUGUCUGGGCCAGUAUGAUGACUUAAAGGUACACUGUUACCGUGCUGCUCUGGAAAAGAUUCUGGUCAAAUAUUGGCCACAUUUGCGACAUACCAUGAUCAAGAGUAUAAAACAUACUAACAACAUGACAUUUACCCAGUACAUCACUUUGGCUUUCAUAAACCUGGGGUUGGAAGUGCCAGUGGAAGAUCUUGAAUCUGAAGAGACGCAAUUGGACUUAUCACAGUGGAAACGGGUGGUGAUUUUCUACACUCUGCGCCUAAUAUUAGCCCCUGUAGUGGAAACAGUUCUGUUACUUGAUCGACUUCUCUAUUUGCAGGAACUUGGAAUACGCAGUGAUCUGAUCCCAGUGUUUGAUCCCAGUUUAUCUCCAAGAAACAGUAUUUUGAUUGGAAGGAAAUGAUGAUCACAAGUAUAUGGAUUUAAAUAAUUGUCAAUAUAUUUUAAAUUGUUAUAUAAUAUUUAUUGGCUGAAAUAUAUUUUGGUGAAUAUGAUAUCAUGUAUAUGUUUGAGUUGGACAUAAAACGUUUGUAACCAUUACAGUAUCUCAUGCAUGUACAGAUACAGAAAAUGCAAGGAAAGUGGAAAGACCAUCUUUGUCUUCUUAGAAAUAAUUUUGUUUCUGAAACAGAACUGAUGUAUUUGUGUCUUGUUUGUAGAUAAGUAAUAUGUACUUGUCAGACUUAACAGACCACGAGUGUUAAGAGUAGUAAUGUACAGUGUAUUAUUUAUGUUUAAUUAAAAGUAAUUCUGAUGGCUUAAA